AUGCCCUUGCACUCUCUCUCACAAGAAAAACAGACAGCUUCUGUAAUCCGUCGUCCUUCCUUUCAUUCCAUCCCAAAAUUUUGCUCAUUUCAAAAACACCACACUACUCCCAUCCUUCUUUUUCAAAUGCACAUAAACCACCACCUGUAUCUGUAACAUCGCCUCCUCAAUCAACCCUUAUAUUCUCUAACAAACAAAACCUAAAUUCUUUGAUCCCCCACCCCAACUCCUCCUAAUCUUUUAACAUUCGCAAAUAAACCCCUCUCUCUCUCUCCUCCACACUCUACUCUCUCUCUCUCUCCCUCGCCCCACCCUUUAAUUAACUUCUCAUAUUUAUUAUUGAUUAGACGACACCUCAACAACCAUUCUUCCGAUUUAUCAAUCACUAAUCUUCUUCUUCUUCUUCUUCUUCUUCUUCUUCAUCUAGGGUUUGGAUUUUUAGCUUGUAGAUUUUCAAUUUUUUUUAAUGAUCUUUCCCCGUAUAUUUGGUUGUAUUUACAGUACUAACCAUUGUUUGUUUUUGUAUAAGUAAAAAACCUGUUGUCAAUUUGUAUUGUAUUUUUUCCUCAAAAAGUUUGGGGUUUUGAGAGAGAGAGAGAGAGAGAGAGAGAGAAAAAGAAAAAAGGCUUUAGGGUUGGUUGCAUGGGCGAACAUGAUGAGACAGGAAGUGGGCUAUUGCCAAACGGCCUGCUGCCGAAUGAAGCCGGGUCUGUGAUGCGAGUGCUCGGUGAUGGUGAUUCGGACCGAUGGUCGAAGGCUGAGGAGAGGACUGAACAGCUCAUUGCUCGCAUUCAGCCUAACCCGCCUUCUGAAGACCGUAGAAAUGCUGUCGCCCAUUACGUCCAACGCCUCAUCCGUAAAUGCUUCCCUUGUGAGGUGUUCACUUUUGGGUCGGUGCCCCUCAAGACUUAUUUGCCUGAUGGAGACAUUGACUUAACAGCCUUCAGUAAGAACCAAAAUAUGAAGGAAUCAUGGGCUCAUCAAGUCCGUGAUAUGCUGGAGAAUGAGGAAAAGAAUGAGAAUGCUGAAUUUCAUGUUAAAGAGGUUCAGUACAUCCAGGCAGAAGUGAAGAUAAUAAAAUGUCUUGUGGAAAAUAUCGUGGUAGACAUAUCAUUCAACCAGCUUGGAGGGUUGUGCACUCUUUGCUUCCUCGAGGAGGUUGAUAAUUUGAUAAACCAAGAUCAUUUAUUCAAGCGUAGCAUUAUAUUGAUCAAGGCUUGGUGUUAUUAUGAAAGCCGGAUCUUGGGUGCUCACCAUGGGCUUAUCUCAACUUAUGCCUUGGAAACCUUGGUUCUUUACAUAUUUCAUGUCUUCAAUAAUUCCUUUGCUGGACCACUUGAGGUCCUCUACCGUUUUUUGGAGUUCUUUAGUAAGUUUGAUUGGGACAAUUUUUGUGUUAGCCUAUGGGGUCCUGUACCCAUUAGUUCACUUCCAGAUGUAACAGCUGAAUCUCCUCGAAAAGAUGGUGGAGAGUUACUACUCAGCAAAUCGUUUCUAGAUGCUUGUAGCACAGCAUAUGCUGUUCUCCCUGGUGGUCAAGAAAAUCAGGGGCAACCCUUUGUUUCCAAACAUUUUAAUGUUAUUGAUCCGUUGCGUAUAAACAACAAUCUUGGGCGUAGUGUCAGUAAAGGCAAUUUCUUUAGGAUACGCAGUGCUUUUGCAUUCGGGGCUAAAAGACUGGCAAGAUUACUUGAUUGCCGUAAAGAAGACCUAUUUUUUGAAGUAAAUCAGUUCUUUUUGAACACUUGGGACAGACAUGGUAGUGGCCAUCGUCCUGAUGCACCAAGGAAUGACUUGUCGCACUUGAGAUUGUCGGCCCCGGACCAGUUACAUGUGUCCGAGAGUUUAAGGAGCAAUUCAAGUAGCCAAAGGAAUGAUAUUUUCUCUGGUCAUGAAGCUCAAGUCGGUGGGACAAGGGGUUCAGGAAGUGUUUCCUCUCAACAUGGCAAUCAUUCCCUGGAAAGUUCCUCUAGAACCAGUGAUGUUUCUACAGUCUCUCGUACUCAAAGCCAAAAGGGUUAUGGCAACCCAAACAACUCAAGGGUCUCUGAUCAGAUUAGGUGGGAAAUCAGUUCCAAUCAAGGUGCAAUUGUGGAUAAAGUUCAGAGAAUUUCCAAACCUGAUAACUUGGUCAAUGAUAUACAGGGGAAGUUUCUCUUUGCAAGGACACGUUCUAGCCCUGAGCUUACUGAUACAUAUGGUGAAGUUUCUUCUCAGGGAAGGCGUAACAGAGGCCUAGAAAGUGGGAAAAGCCAAACUUCUGCAAGGUUUGAUAAUAGCAGGAGGAAAAACCAGGAAUCGGAUAUUUUCGCAAGCCAUGGCAUUAGAACUGAGGAUCCUGCAUCUGUUAGGCACAUCUCGUCCCGUCAGAGUCUAGAUGCUGCUGCUGAUUCAAAUUGUGGUUCCAAUAGUUACCAUGACGAGACAGGCUCGGGUGCCAUGGGUGAGGAGUUUGCUUCUGUUGUGGGGGCACAAGGAAUGCACCAGGAGGAGCAAGAUCUUGUGAACAUGAUGGCAUCUUCCGCAACUCAUAAUUUUAAUGGACAGGUUCAGCUUCCAUUGAAUUUGGCAUCAGGUCACUUUCCCAUCCCAUCUUCCGUUCUAGCAUCAAUGGAAUGUGCUCAGAGAAAUCUGAGUGGAAUGGUUCCCACAAACUUCCCACAAACUUGGGGCAUAAAUAUGCAAUUUCCACAAGGAUUUUCUUCUCCAAUAGCUCACUAUUUCCCUGGCAUGGGAUUGACCUCAAAUCCUGAAGAUUCAAUUGAACCUGUUAAUGAAAAUUUUGGGUCAGUGGAAAUGAGCCUGGGGGAGUCUGACAAUGAUUUCUGGCAUGAGCAGGACAGGGGCUCUACUGGUGGGUUUGAACUUGAUAAUGGAAAUUUUGAAAUGCUUCAGUCAGAUGACAAGCUACAAUCAACUUCAGCUAGUCAUAAUUUUGAUCCUUCAUUCCGCAUUGUUGGUUCUAGCAGCUCUACAAGAAAUCAACAGAAGAUUACAAAAGAAAACCAAGGUUCAAUGAGGGAUGAUCAUGUGGAUACUUUGCAGUAUCAAGAUAACAGAGGGAAUGAGGUUUAUCAUGAUGACAGAACUUCAAGUUUGAGAUCCUUGCCUUCUGCAACCCCUAGUUCUGUGAAAAGUAAAACCUCUUCUGAGAGUUCUUUUGAAGGAUCAUCGGUAAAGGUCUCAAAAUCGACCAGGGAAAAACGGGGUAGGAGAACUGCUGCUUCUGUACUACCAUCUACCAUCGUGGUGAAAGGUAAGAGCACGUCUGAACAUUCCUCCACUCAGGGAGAUGAUGACAACAGGGACUGGAAUCUACUGUCCACUAUGGGUUCUGAACUGGCAGAAAGAAGCACAGGAGCUCAAUCUGUUGCUGCUUUACAUGUUACAAGGCAUCAAGUACCUGGAUUCGAAUCAGCUCAAACAAGUGGAUCAGAGUCGUUGAUACCCAUUGCUCCAAUGCUUUUAGGUCCUGGUUCACGACAAAGAAAUCCGGAUGGUUCUGGUGUUCCUACCUUCUUUUAUCCCACUGGGCCACCAGUUCCUUUUGUUGCAUUUCCAAUGUACAAUUAUCCAACUGAGGCAGGAACUUCUGAUACAUCGAUGAGCCAAUUCAGUGGGGAAGAGGGGUUGGAUAACAGUGAUUCUAGUCAAAAUUUUGAUUCAUCUGAGGGACUUGAUUUGCGUGAAGUUUUAAGUACUAAUUCUGUGAGAAGCACUGUUCCCAUUGAGCCAUUGGAGCACAAGUCUGAUAUUCUUAACAGUGACUUUGCUAGCCAUUGGCAAAAUUUGCUAUAUGGGCGGUUUUGCCAAAAUUCACGAUAUCCUGCACCUCUGAUUUAUCCUUCACCUGUUAUGGUGCCUCCUGUCUAUUUGCAUGGCCGUUUACCGUCAGAUGGCCCAGGAAGACCUCUUUCAAAUGUGAAUCUCUUCACGCAGCUUAUGAGUUAUGGGCCUCGUUUCGUUCCUGUUGCUCCUCUCCAAUCUGUUUCAAAUAGACCUGCUGCUGUUUUCCCACGUUAUGGUGAUGAUAUUCCCAGAUAUCGAAGUGGGACUGGGACCUACCUGCCCAAUCCUAAGCUUUCUGCUCGGGACCGACAAUCGACUGGUGCCAGACGAGGGAAUUACAACUAUGAUAGAAGUGACCACCAUGGUGAUAGAGAAGGGAACUGGAACAUUAAUUCAAAGUCACGUGCUGCUGGGCGCAGCCACAGCCGUACCCAAGCUGAAAAGCCAAACUCAAGAUCAGACCGGUUGGCGGCAAGUGAGAGCCGAACUGACAGGCCUUGGGGUUCACAUAGACGAGACUCAUUUCCUUCACACCAGUCUCAGAAUGGUCCAGUCCGCUCAAACUCUGCGCAGAAUAGUCCUUCCAAUGUGACAUAUGGCAUGUAUCCACUACCAACCAUGAACCCCAGUGGGGUGGCAUCAAAUGGACCUAAUAUUCCACCUCUUGUCAUGCUGUAUCCUUGUGAUAAUAAUGCUGGUGGCUAUGGAUCACAUGCCGAACAGCUUGAGUUUGGGUCUCUUGGACCUGUGGGCCUCUCAGGUGUGAAUGAAGUUUCACAACUAAAUGAUGGAAGCCAACUGAGUGGGGCAUUUGAGAUUCAUGGUGUCUCAGCUCAACGGUCUUCACCAGAUCAACCCUCAUCACCUCACCUUCGGAGGUGACUUUCAAUUGAUUAUUUAACAGAUCGGUGACCCAGAGGAACUAUCUGUUAAAAGAAGAGGAUUUCCCGCCUCUUGCAUUUCCAAACCAGGGAGGGAAUGAUAAUGAGAGAAACUAUGAUGAGAAACCCUCCCAUUUCCAAACCAGGGACGCAAUGAUUGAGGAAGAAUUUGAUUAUUUGAUUAGAUGAAUAUUCAAUGUAUUUCUGAUGGGAAAAUCUGUGCAUACUUGCCUGGUGCUUGUAUUUACAAUACGAAGUAUUUGUUCUGUUUUCAAGGAUACGACACGACAGGCCAGUGAAAGGUGAUGCAGGACUCGGCGGUUAGCGUUUCAUUUUAGGCUUUAGAUACAUUGUAACCCCACUGAAACUAGGAACUACCUUAGGCAUAGAACUUAGGAUUUUACUCUGUUACAAAUCUAUUCUGUCAGGAUUUUCUUUCACACAAUGUAAUAGGGCUUUUGAUUCAUAUGCUCACUGUGUAGAUCUCUUUUUACCAACUCUUGUCUAAGAUGUUAACAGUGUAUCAUUAACAUCGUAAAAGAUAAAUUUUCAGCUUA